GUAACAUAACCCAGCAGGCUCGUGACCUGACCAGCCGCUCCAGCAAUGGAGGUCGCUCGCCCACGCCCUCACCUCCGCCCAUGAUGCCCCCACACACCUCGGCCGCCCUCCCAUCACCCUCUCCCACGCCCACGGUCACACACACACCCAUCACCAGCGCCGCCUCGCCCACCACCGCCCCUGCUGCCGCCCAUUCCGUGCAGGCCGCCCUCGCUGCCAUUCAAGCUGGCUCCCUCUCCCUCAACCAGUUAAUGGCUCUAGGAGCCCAGGGGCCUGGCUUGCUGAUGCAGAAUCAGUUAGCAGCAGCAGCAGCUGCGGCCAACCAGCUCCCUGUGUCAUCACCAUUACCAAGCCUGGGCUCACUCAACCCUCAGGAGUUGCAGGCACUCCAGCAGACACUCUCACAGCAGCAGCAGCAGAUUCAACAGCAACUUCAGCAGUUCAUGCUGUUCUCACAGCCUAGUGCUGCAUCACAGUUGCCACCUCAGGCACAACUCUUUCUUCAGAGUCAGCAGUUGCAGUACUUGCAAAAUUUGCUGCAGCAAGGCCUCUUAGCCUCUCCGGGGCUUGCAAGCAUGCAGGGAUUACAGCCACCAGUGUCGCAGGCACCCUCACAAGCAUCACAGGUUCGUAAUGUACAGCAUGCUGUAGCACAAGCUGCUCAGCAAUUACAACAGCUACAGAAGGCUCACCAACAACAUCAACAGCAUCAGCAGCAGCAACAGCAGCACCAGCAUCAGCAUCAGCACCAUCAACCCCCAAGGGAUAUUAGAGACUUAAGAGAUAUUCGUGAUCUGAGAGAUAUUAGAGACCUGAGGGAAGUACCUAUGCGAGAUAUCCGUGAACCUCCACUGCGGCCUCCACCCCUUGAACCUUCACACAUCUCCAGCUCACCACUGGCACCUCACUUGCCACCACAUGGUCACAUGGCACGCCCUCCUAUGCCUCAUUCACCGCCUCCACCUCCUCGUCAUUGGGAACCACUUCCAGAGGCAACAGAUUUGGAGGAAUUGGAGCAAUUUGCUAAGACCUUUAAACAACGACGCAUCAAACUAGGCUUUACCCAGGGUGAUGUAGGACUGGCCAUGGGCAAGUUAUACGGCAAUGACUUUUCUCAGACUACCAUUAGUCGUUUUGAAGCCCUAAACCUCUCCUUCAAGAAUAUGUGUAAACUGAAACCACUGCUUCAGAAGUGGCUAACCGAUGCUGACAAGACUAUUUCUGAUCCAACAACUGUCAGCAACUCCCUUUCAUCACCUGACGCAGUUGGCCGUCGACGAAAGAAGCGCACCUCUAUUGAAACUAGUGUACGUGUGGCUCUUGAGCGAGCCUUCAUCCAGAACCCUAAGCCCACCUCAGAGGAAAUCUCUAUGCUUGCAGAUAACCUCUCAAUGGAAAAAGAGGUAGUCAGGGUCUGGUUCUGUAACAGACGCCAGAAGGAAAAACGAAUAAACCCUCCAGCGAGUGGAAUGAUCAGUCCACCUUUGAGUUUAAGCAGCACCAACAUGUUUUCUGGGCCGCCCAUCUCCUCUGCCCUGACACUCACCAGUUUGGGGGCGCCUCCUCUUUCUCCCGGAGGCCCUCUUCCAUCACCGCUUUCUUUGGUCACUCACAAUUAUCCUCCAGCUUCACCUCCUGAAUCUGCCUCGACAAAAUCUGAGUAGCAGUCUGCUGGGCGUCAGUGCUUAGGGCUGCUGGGCUGUGGGUCACAGUCUGCCUGGCAGGGACACCCUAGUGCCAGCCCUCCCCUGACUGCCCUCACCGCUCCUUUUGUGCAAUGUCCAAACUUUUUCUUGGCGGUAAAUGGCGGCUGUAUGGGGCAUAUCAAUUAUAGUGUCGAGAGGCAACAGUAUCAACCACUACCUUAUUGGUAAUAUCAAGUUGGCAUUACCAGCCAUUGUUGCUAUCUUCAGCUCCUAAAGGAGAUCCUAUGUCAGUGUUGUUAGUAUUUGGUAUGUGCUGGUGGCAGCAUGGCUACCGGACUUGCCUGGUUUAUAGUUGCACACAGUCAUGGCUGCAAGUAACAGGCACCAUCAUAUCAGUGGUGAGAAGACUUGCUCAGGGGACACAGGUGGACACCUUGAGUCUGUAACUGAUUGUGUGAUAUUUAUACAACAAAAAUGGGACAAAACUAAUAAUCUAGUGGUGGUUUUAAUAGAGAAACUGUACUAAAGUGAAUAGUGGAAGACAUUUAAAAUUUGCCAUUGUAACACAAGAAAUGCAUAGUCUGUUCGUCCCUCUUGAGUUGUCUCUUACACAGAACUAUAGAUUACAGCCAGUGCUAAGGCUCCUCACUCUCACACUUGUCUCCUACCAGGACUAUUAAUACCUACAACUGAUGUCUCAGUGCUUAAUACUUUAGUAUUUUCCUAGUUGGAAAACAUCAGUUAUAUUUGAACAUUAGGAGCCAGAGAAAGCGCUUGGUGUUUGUGCUAGUGGGGUCCAAGCCACGGAAGGCAAGUGAGAACCUUGGCAAUAGCUAGUAAGAAGAAUGGGGUAAAACGGGAAAGUGUUUUUAUGUGUAGUGUGUAGAUAAAUAACUGAUUUCUGUAUUAUCAUUGGAAUACUGUCUAUGUGGCUUAUUUUAUCUAUGAGUACUAGUGUAUUAUUCUAGUAAUAUCUACUUAAACAAUCUUGCCUGAUAUGAAAUGAAAGUUCCUGCAUAUAAAAUGAAGUAUGUAAAUCUUAAGAUACCUCAACCAAACAUUGGUGUUGGUGGGACGGUUGGACGACGCGGAGCAGGACAUAUCCAUGGUGCAUUUUUACUGUUGUAGCAUAGGUCGCGUGGUCCCUCACUUUGUCUGACUGCUCCCCUGCGUGUUCUUUACUCUGACGUUGUGAUUGUGUAGCUGAGGAUUAUAUUUUCUGUGGAUCCAUGAUGUUAGACUUUUAAGGGCUUAUUGUAUCAUCAUUGCCCCCACCCCUCAAAACACUAUGUACAUAACCUCAAUGUCAGGUCAUCACCCCCCACUUCCCCUCUAGUUUCUCUUACUCCAUACUUUUUUCUUGAUGCUAAGGAGGUCUAUUCCUCUCCUUAUUCUACUGAAUACCUCCACUAAUAUCUAUUUCUCUGUUAAAGAUGGAUUCAUUCUUAGCCAAACCAUAUUAUCUUGUCCUUAGUAUUCGAGAUCCCACAAGAAUGCCCUGGUUUAAUGUCUGAUAUUUCUGCUGUCUUCCAGAGGAAGAAGUCAGUCAAGUGAUCAUGUGAGGACUGCAAGUCCUUCAUUUAAGGCACAUCAGCUGUGUCACAGUUUAAAAUGGCACAUGAAACAGUGAUAAAUAUAUUUUAAAUGACUUCUGCAGAACUAUAGAAUAAGAAGUUGCUUUUGAAGCAAACUAAAGUUUGUGGGUCCACUGCCCCCCUCCUUCCCUAAUGGUGGUCACUGCCUGAAUUUUGAUUGAUAAUUUUGACACUCAUAUUGGAGGGGGAGGGAUAGUUCCUAUUAUGUUCCUGCCCAGUCUCAAGUUCACCAUCCAGAGUUGCCCUCUAAUCAAGUUUCUGUCAAACCCAAAUGUCAUCACUACAUACUAUUAUCAAUAUUAUUUUUUAUUUUUAUUAAUAUUAUUAUUAUGGGGAAGCAUCAAACUCUUAAGGGUCAUACAGUGCCUGUGGAUUGGGAGGAAGUCAGAUUUGAUCUGAAGAAGGGGAGAGUAGCUCCAAUUCAUUGGAUCAGAAGCUCCUCACUAACAUCAAGGCUCCCCUGGAAGGGACAUCACUGCAUAACCCAUCCUAACUUCACCCUUGUUGCCUCUACAGGCUGUGGUGAGAUGUUGACUCUUCCAAGUCUCCUAAGUUUGUGCGUGUGUUGGUUACAAGGACUUGGCAUGAUACAGGUGUACUGGUUGUUAGGGCUGAUGAGUUACGUGUGCACACUUUGUCUAUUCUUGUUGGUGGGCUAUCCACAUAUUUUUCUGAAGGUCCUAGUAUUAUUUGAAUAGUAUGUUUAUCAGCAGGUCUGUGUAGGCACAUGUGGUCACUAAAUUUGAGAAGGAUUUGUAUGUGUUGAUUGUUUAAACUGAUCAUGUGCUCAUGUGAUAUGUACCAUGUACAUGUGCUAGAUGACCAGUUUGGAUCUGGUGUGCAGAUGUGCGUCUAUCAUUUUUACCUUAGCUUUGACAAUAUUUUCCUUCACUGACAACCAUGAAACAUUCAUCUUUGUCUGUCAAUGUUGGUUGUUCAAGCAGUUAGAAAACUGUAUAUUUUCCAGUCAAAACAUACCUAAGAUUUUUGAUGUGCGGUAAAAAAAAAAAGUGUGUAUCCCUUUAAGGUGUAAAAUGAUCCACCAGAAAGUCAUGCCUUCCAGACAGUGAAUAUCUUCCAGUCGUCUCAACUCAGGAGUAUUAAAUUAUAGCAUAAAACAUUGGGGGAUGUGCACUGUCAUCAUGGCUGUAAUAGUCCUGAUUGGAGGAGAGCUGACAAGUACUUACACGACUGUAGCGUGUAUGUGACCAGAGCUGCUAGGUACUAGUGUGAUUUUUAGGUGUGACUUGCUGACUAUACGAGUGGAGAAACAGAAUUAACUUUGUUGUAUUUAGUGCUUGGUCACUUCUCGAGAUUAAUGUAUAUGUUAUGUUAAUAUAACUAAAUUAAGCUCUGUUGAGUGUAGAAAAGCAAUAGAGCCAUGUUUUACAUGAAUUAUAAUUCAUGAAGAUUGGUAUAUUAUCAUCUGUUAAAAUGUGGUUAAUUGUUUGGGUUGACAAUGUAUGGAUUGAGUAGAAGAUAAGGCAAAAAUGCCUGUUUCAUUUACUCGGAGCAUUUCAGAUUUUCUCAUCUUAAAUCCCGGUUUCAUAGUUACAAAUAGUGGACAGUUACUGGUGAAAUUGUGUUAUUUUUCAUAAUUAUAUUUGUUGGGCAUUAUGCAAACACCUGAAAUGAAUGCACUUUUGCAUCAUAGAUUAGUAAGACUAUCUGUUUCUUACUUUUGACUGCACUACUGACAGCAUUUGAUAUUUUUAAUAUUUUGCAGUUGACAUUCCAUAUACCAAUGACUAAAUAUCUACCCCAGGCACAAACUAAAACAUUUUUUUUACUUUGCAAGCAAAAUGCAUAUUAUUAAUUCUUUUCACAGAUAUUCAUUUCAUUCAGUUUUUUAAUACAAUUACUAAAAUUUAAUUUUACAAGCAGUACACAUUUACUCAAUACGUGACAUUUAAUUAAAUACAGACAUACAAUGACCCUCUUGACUCUUCCACUAUUAGUUUUGAUACUUUAAUAGUCUGAGUGUUGUUGAGAGUGAUAUGCUUCUCUCUCUUCAGUGGUGAAUGAGAGGUACUGAGUUACAUAUGUGAUACUUUACUGGAGGGAGUUCGCUCAACUCCAUUGUAAUUUUUGCUAUUUAAUAUUUUGUUACAUGUCACCGCCCUGCAAGACCUGGAAAUGAAGCACCUGGAAUAUUUCAGCUUGGUUUACAAAGGACAACUGUUCUGUUAUUGUUACUAAUUGUUUACACUAUAUAUCUUGUAGUUGUUUGACAUUUAUAGUCAUUAUUUUUUAUUUUAUAGUUAUCUCAAAAUUUUCCAACAUCUUUCUUCUUUUAUAUGUAUUGUCUAGUCUUAUCUUUUUCAUUAUGUAUUCAACAAGCUGACCAUACAGUUAAGCUCUAGUCCAUACUAUUAUAGAUUCUCUUAACCUGCCAUCUUCACACUCGGUUGUUUCUCAGAGGACCAGCUGUCAGACUGUCAGUGUGUAAAUAUAGUUAUAGCCUGAUUCCUUUAGUUUGAUUGCUUGUUCAUUACAAUAGACUAAAUAUCUGAUUUAUUUGAGGUGUUUCAUAUGUUUUAAAACUUUAUCUUCUUUUGUGUCAAAGUUAUUUAUCAAUUUAUCAUGCAUUUUUACUAUUUAUAAUAGGUGUAUUAAGUUAGAGUGGAGUAAGUUUGAAUUGGGCAAAAACAGUUUAGGCUUUUGGCUUUUAGGCUGGUGUUCCAUGUUGGCUUUUGGAGGGAAUGAUGCCAAUUUACAUUUUAUACAACAAAAUGUAGUGCAUUUCUCUGAAACUUUUAACCAAUUUAUGAAUUCAUCCUCCUUAAUUACCAGAAGUUAUAAAAUUUUGGUUUGAAAGGCCAGAAUGGCAUAAACUGUCUCUACAGGCUAAAUCAUAGGCUAAAAGUGUUCACCCAAGGCCCACAAGAAUGUUUUGAAGACACUAUAAAAAUAGAGGUGAUGAAAAAAUUCAUGAUUCUGAAGAUAUGUAGGGAAAAGCUGUUCUCAUAAUGUCUGUAUAGCGCCAUGUACAAAGGAAAUGAUUUUUGUUAUCAAUCAUUUUAUAGAUGCAAAUAAAGAGGUGUAAAAAUUAGAAGG